UCCCAACCUCCAUCGAUACCACGACACGUUUGUCCUGUAACACCAACAGUUGUCUCCAUAUCUUGGCUUGAAUUUACUGCAACUAUUCUCUGCCGCAUCAGACAUAAGCCACCUCAGCAUCACAACAGCUCGUUUUGCCUGGAUAUUCCCUUAUCGCGCCUUAUAUUAUUACCUAGCCACCGAUUGAUUGCCCGCGUGACACUCGAGUCAUCGUCUCGCGGGCAUCAUGUUCUCAGAAUAUGCGUCGAGAUUCCUCGCCCAGUCCCAAUCUCGCAUCAGUUUUGCUCCCACCGAUGAGCGGCGGAGUGCCGAUGCCCGAGUAAGGCGUCAAAAUCAAUCCGCACGACCACCUCCUGCCUCGAAGUCGUCCAACCCUCGAGUACCCAACCCCUACCAGCCAACCUCCUCUCAGCUAUCGGCUUUUCCCUUUGCAUCCCGCCUCAAUCCACAGCAGGCUCCCUUGUUCUACAGCGCCACGGAUGAGUUCCGUGAAGAGAAUGACGAGGAAGAACAUGAACGAGAAAUAGCGGACUAUUAUGCUCUUCAACGCUCGCGGAGGCAACUAGGCGCCAGUGAUCUCAAGGAGUCUUCCGAUGCAGGUGACGGAAGCGGGUCGAGUGUUAUUGGAGACAGCACUCAUAGUGGGCAUGCUCCCCAACACCGCUAUGGCCAUACGGGCGGCAUCAAAAGCUCAUGGCACGGUGGCGGUAAUCCCCCCCGCAGAACAUCACCUCACCUAGCCGAUUUGGCCGAAUCGACAGAAUCACAACCGGAUCCUUCUAGUCCCACGUCCUCCAGAGGGCUCAUGGUUGAUGUCGGACUUGGGGACACACUGCGCAGCGACUACGAUGACGACCCUCCAGAAGAUCUUAUUGAGAAUCCACCAUCUGUGCAGCGACUAAAGUCAGGGAAGGCGGAGAUCAGGUCCCCGGAUGCCUUGGGAGAUUCGGAUGAGGAUUUCUCUAUGCAACAACCUCUCUAUGAAUCUGGCAGCUUCCAGGACGAAAAUCAUCCCUCUCCCGCUAGUGUGCCACAAAGUCAAGAUCAACAACCGCGACACGAUUUUUUCUUCGGCCAGAUAUACCUCCUUGCCCUCGCCGCCAUGUUCACAACCUGGUUCCUGGUCUUCCUCCACACAGAACCACCCGGCAAAGGCACGCCUCCUCUGGGUGACACCAUCUACACGACAUUGCACAAAUCUUUUUAUCUCUUAGCGACUUAUACCCUCGUAGCGACUUUCGUUUCAUUGUUCUGGCUUGCAGCUCUCCGGUCUUAUGUCCGAAACCUGGUUUACGGUAUUGUUGUUGCUGUGCCCGUCAUACUCUACUCCUUUUCGCUUUAUCCAUUCAUAUCCAGCUUCAAAGGCGCCUGGCAUGGAUCAAGCAUCCAGGACACAAUCAUGAGAUGGAGUGCCAUCGUUCCAGCUGCCAUGGCGACCCUGUGGAUUUUGGCCGUGUUCCGCGGAAGGCUGGUGAUGCAGAAGGCGAUCUCAAUCCUUGAAUUUGCUACGAGAGUCCUCGCCGCUAACCCAGCAUUGGUCUUGGUCGGAUUCGCAGUUCUCGGCUUCAUCGUGGCUUUUACAUGGGUCUGGCUUUCCAUGUUCACCAGAGUCUUUCUAGGAGGUCAUCCUAGCACUCGGUCGGCGAUCACCAAGUUCGUCAUCGACACAUCGACCUGGUGGGUUGGAGUCUACUUUAUCAUUGUCUAUCUAUGGACGAUUGCAAUCGCAUUUGGGUUUCAACGUACAAUCACCUCUGCCACCGUCUCUCAGUGGUACUUUCACCGGCUAGCCAUUCCUGCACCCACCUCGCAAGCCAUUGUCAAAGCUGCCGUACACCAUUCGGCCACCACCUUGUUUGGAACUAUAUCCAUGUUCAUGGCCCUUGGCCUGAUGGUCAGACUGCCGUUGCUAGUCUUACCGAGGCGACUGACCAUGUUGAUUGGGGUGGCCAUGUACUCGUUCAUUCCAAGCCCCGUGAGCAUUCUCAUCAACCCUUUGACCCUCACCUACGCCGCAAUCCAUUCACAGCCGUUAAGGAUCAGCGCCCGAGGUCUCACACAGAUGCAUUACCUCGCACCAGGAGAUGCGUCGACUUCACUGCACCCAAAUACCUUUCGUUACAGCCGUGGCCAUGCACGAGAUGGUUGGAGCGGAGACGCAUCGCCCCUGUUGCCAUAUCGAUUGGCCAAACUCGUGCUGCACGCAACGCGCUUCAUCAUGUCGCUCGCACUUGGAUUUGGGGGUUGGGUUUCAACUGCACGCACGCUGAAACUAGAAGGAUCUGGGGUCCGGGGUAGUCUCUAUGCAUAUAUUGUCGGCUUGAUUGCUGGGGCCAUUGGCUGGGGGAUACUGGGUGCGAUGGAAGGAGUUCUUGCCUGCAUUGUUGACGCUCUGGUGGUUUGUUGGGGAAGCGAAGUAGGAAGCAGCGGUCAAGGGGAGGUCCGAUAUUGCCGAGAAGCCGGGCAUUUAUUCGGAGACGAUGAGACCACCAGAGGACCUGUCAGUCUGGCCUGACAUGGAAACGCUCCAUGAAGAUGGAUGCGACGAUUGCAUAAGGUAGACAGCAUUAGGUAGUGGUGGCGGCAGCUUCAGCUACGCGUGCCAACAAAUAUGAGCGGGCCCAUUGAGCACUCUGAGGUUAGAGUGACAAUUUUGGAGGGUGACGUCUUCUAAACUUAUCAAGGGGAGGAAAUGCUAUUUAUGAUCCAAGGUUCAACUAGCCAUACCAUUCUGACAUGGGAGGGCAAUGAAUUUUACGGUCUUGGAGCCCUAAAGAGGCGUGGCCUCCUUUUGAGGGAAGUCAAAUCAGCUAACAACUGCCAGUAAUGUCAACCUGCUGAG